UCAACAGUUACGGCUAUCAGGCCAGGUAGUACCUGCCAAAGAUAGCGCUCGCUAUCUGGGCUUGGUAUACGGGCCAGAACGGCCUUUUAGUGCGUGCCGUCAGCAGUUAUGUGAUACAGGUCGGUCCGUUAUGUUUUCCUUAAGCGCAAAGCUGGACAAAAUGAAGUUGUUUGGCCCCGACGUGCGAAUGCGGUGCUUUGCAACCCAAGUCCGAGCAAUUCUGUUGUAUGGCUGCCAGGCGUGGGGCCCUUUUGCGCUGGCAGAGGUCGUGGACAGGGCGGGAAGGCGGCGGGAUAAAGCCAACCUUGCGGAGAGCAUGUUCGAAGCCUGUUUGAAGGAUAGCGCAGUCCAGCUGCAGAUUUUAUUCAUGAGGCAGGUAGUGGGGACGGCACGGCCAUCCCACAGGCUGUUGUAUGCGGAGCUGGUUGAACUCCCCUUACAGUAUUACAUGGUGAAACAGAUCCUCCGUUUCUGGAACCGCCUUCAAAAGCAAGUGGGGUCCAUUGCUCAUGCAGUUUUACGGCAGGAGAUAACCGAUGCCCUGACCAACCCGGAAUGGGAGGGUUGGGGAACCUCAAUGUUAUGACUGUUUUCCUUCUUGGAGUGCAAUAUUUGGAGCGGAGUACCGCAAGAAGUCCUGGGGGUAAAGGAGCUUGUUGACUAGUUGUUGAGUAGGCCUCUACCCGAAGGAGCGAUGAUGACGGCACUAAGAGAGCGUUUGAUGAGCGGCUGGGACCAUACGCGUCUGACUGUCUUGCCAGAGGAGUACCCAUCAGAUGGGAAGCAACCGGGAGUGCAAAUGGCGAAAUAUAAGCACUGGAUGGGGCUGCCCUUUUCGGGAGCCGCAGCCGUCAUGUGGCCAACACAUGCUAAGGUUUUCCUUCCUCGUUUAGCACAUCGUAAGCUAAUGCAGCUUCGUUUAUUUUGCUGGGCUCUGGAGGCAAACAGAGCACGAAGGAGCAAGUACCAUGUCCCCAGGGGGCAGCGGUUUUGCCGCUGUUGUGGUACUAAUAGCCGAAUCGAGGAUGAAAAACACGUGUUAUUGGAAUGCCCAGCCUGUAACGAUAUUCGUGCUGAAGAGAGAUUCGAUCAUCAACAGAGCAUGUUGGAGGCCAAGAAAUGGGAACCGGGUCUCUAUCACGCUCAUGGACACUUCCCAAGAUACAGGCCGUGGGGUAUGGGAGCUGCCACGUGGAUAAUGGUGCUGCAUCGCACUCUGAUGUUUCCACUCUCAAAUGGAAAGCACCACAAGCUCGAAGCCAUUCCAGUCGGGACUCAUGUUGUCUCAGCAACCCCCACGAGUGGCCCGGUCUAGCAGCCUGGCGGGCCAGGGGCCACGAUCUGCGGUUGCGCUGGGGGCCCCCUCCUGACGCCGGGGGACCCCUGGAGCUCUCGCCUGAGGAAGCCCCAUCCCUGGAGUCAGCACUGGCUCUGGCUGCCGCCUCAGCCGCAUCCGUUGCCGCGGCGCUGGGGUGCCAACAGGCACUGUCCCCCCACUUGCCCUCCUCGGCCCCAGCUUUACCCGGCCUGGAGCUCUGUCAGCUGCCCCGCAGCUUGGUGGAAGCCGUCCGGCCCAAGGAGAUCCCCGGUCACGAGUCCUCCCCCCUGGGCCUCAACGGCUACAUGCUGCACAACCUGGCGCACAUAGAGCUCAACGCAAUAGACCUAGCCUGGGAUACUGUUGCUCGCUUCUCGCCCCUAGGACUUCCGGACCAGUUCUACGAGGACUUUGCGAGGGUGGCGGAUGACGAGAGUCGCCAUCUGGGCUGGUGCCUUCAGCGCCUGGGGGAGCUGGGGCACCGCUAUGGGGACAUGGACGCACACGACCUGCUGUGGCAGGGCUGCAGGGCGUCCGCUGUGGAUGUGGGGGCCAGGCUUGCCGUGGUGCCCAUGUCCCAGGAGGCGCGAGGUCUGGAUGCGGGGUCGCGCCUGGUGUCACGGCUGGUGGGGUUUGGUGACCCCCGCUCGGCGGCAGUGGUGAGCCUUAUCGCGGAGGAGGAGCGGGCGCAUGUGGCGGUGGGGGUGACGUGGUUCACGAGGCUGUGCAGCGCGCUGGAGAUCGGGCCGUGCAGCCUGUACAGGCAGUGGCUGCUGCACCUCAACCCCGACCUGCUCAAGGGCCCAUUCAACCACUCAGAGCGCUCUAGAGUGGGACUGCCACGCGAGUGCCCCGCCGGUGCUGAGUGCUGGCCGUACUUCCCAGUGCUGGAUGACCUCUCUUAUCGGUGCUUCAGCGGCGGCGCGUUAACUCCUCAGCAAGGCUUCUCCUUGCGCCCGCGCAAAUACAAGCGUUCCCCGCGAGGACCCUACAUCACACCAGCGCUCUUGGCGCCACCGACCGCCGGGUCGGCUAAUUGA